AGAAAGGAAAGAGUAGAAACCAUUCCCUCCCUCAUUUUCUGUCAGAACCCUAAUUUCAUUCACCCUUCUAUGCUUCUCCUCUCCCCCCCAAUCUCUUCUAGGGUUUAGUGGUUGACCCCUUCUUCCCUCUAAUGGGUGCCGUCGCCAUCAAUCGCAAGCGCACGGAAGAUUCCAUGAACUUCAACCAACAAUCCCCAUCCCAAUCUUCGAACAAGAAACGCAGAUUCUCCUUCGGAAUCACCUCUCCAGAUUCCAACAAGCCAUCUUCUUCGUCGAGGAUCUCGAGGUAUCCCGACGCGAAAGCUCCUCUCAGACGAGAGAUUCACGCCCCCAGCAGAGCCAGUCUCAGAUACGGUCCGCCCAAGCCCAGACCGAUCGAUCACUACAAGAAGAGAGCUUUCGAUGCGUUGAGGUUCUUUACGAAAGAGAAAGAGGUUAUUGAUUUGGGGGAUGAAGAGCUGGAAGUUGUUGUUGAUUGUGAUCUUGAGGAGGAGGAGGAGGAGAAGGAUGUUGUUGAGCCUCCUCCUCCUCCUCCUCCUCCUCCUUCGAGUUCAAUGCUUGAUUCGAUGUCUUUAGUUAGUCAAGAGAAGGCUUCUACAGAUGCAGCUUCCAGCCUCGCAGCCUAUAAGAAGCUUUUGGAGAGUGCUGAGAGGAGGAACCCAAAGUUGGAAGCUUUGGGGUUUGAGAUUUUGUUUAACGAGAAGAAGUUGUCGCAGCUUCGUCUGUCUCGUCCUAAGCCUCUCGAGAAGCCUCUCAAGAAGGUGCCUGAUGAACCGUUUAUACCUCUCACUGAGGAGGAGAAGGAUGAAGUCUACCGUGCCUUUUCUGGUAAAAAUAGAAGGAAAGUCUUGGUUACUCAUGCGAACUCAAACAUUGAUAUUACUGGUGAAGUUCUUCAAUGUCUUACACCAUCUGCAUGGCUAAACGAUGAGGUUAUCAAUGUCUAUCUCGAACUACUCAAAGAAAGAGAAACCAGAGAGCCCAAAAAGUAUUUGAAGUGUCAUUUCUUCAAUACCUUUUUCUACAAAAAGCUAGUAAGCGACUCUGGUUAUAAUUAUAAAGCUGUUAGAAGAUGGACUACGCAGAGAAAGUUGGGAUAUGCUCUUAUUGACUGUGACAUGAUAUUUGUUCCCAUCCACAGGGGUGUACAUUGGACCUUAGCAGUUAUUAACAACAGGGAUCGCAAGUUCUUGUAUCUCGAUUCACUAAAUGGAGUUGAUUCCAAGAUUUUGAAUGCUCUGGCGAAAUAUUUGACCGAUGAAGCUAAGGAAAAAAGUGGAAAAGACAUUGAUGUGAGUUCGUGGGACAUGGAAUUUGUUGAAGACCUUCCCCAACAACAAAAUGGGUAUGACUGUGGAAUGUUUAUGCUUAAGUACAUCGACUUCUUCAGUAGAGGGCUGGGGCUAUACUUCAGCCAGGAACAUAUGCCAUACUUCCGGCUAAGAACGGCUAAAGAGAUUCUGAGACUAUGUGCUGACUGAAGUUAGCGUGGGCUAUUAUGCAUGUCAAAUUUUAGGAGUGCUGUUUUGCUUUCCUUUGUUGAUUUGUUCAAGCUUUAAAAUUUUCUACUCCUUUUAGGCAGUGAAAGCAUCUUGUGAUCUAUUAAAACUGAAGUACAAAUUAGAAUUAACCAUUAACUUUUCUUAAUAUUUACCACUUAUGCCACUGGA